AGACGGUCCUUUCCAACGUGCAUCCGUUUCCUUUUUCGUUGAGCUCUGAAAGAGGUUAGUGAUUGUAUUGCACGGUUAUUCGUAAUCCGUGUUGAACUUAUCAAUCAUAAGACUCAUCAGCGGCGUGCUGUUUCCGUGCGCAUCUGCGAUAAUUGAUUAACCAAGAUGGUACAACGAUUAACCUACCGACGACGUUUGUCGUAUAAUACUAAGAGCAACAGGAGACGUAUUGUACGUACACCUGGUGGCAAGUUAGUCUACCAGUAUCUUAAGAAACCGAAGAAGAUCCCAAGAUGUGGACAGUGUAAGGAUAAACUCAGGGGUAUCCAGCCUGCGAGGCCAAUGGAACGCUCACGUAUGUGCAGACGGAAGAAGACUGUCAAGCGCGUAUACGGUGGUGUUCUUUGUCACAAAUGUGUAAAAGAAAGAAUUGUGCGAGCAUUCUUAAUUGAGGAGCAAAAGAUUGUCGUUAAGGUUAUGAAAGCACAGCAGGCCUCAGCAAAAACGAAGAAGGCGGAGAAAUAAUUAUUGUGCUUUUUUAAUUAAAAGAAAUAAAUAGAGAAAACAACA